AUGACUACCAUAGCCAGCACCAUGUCAAGCCGAAAUCUUACUUAUGACACGAUGCUUAACCUGCUGAAGCAGCAUGGCUUCGAGGCCGUAUCAGCUGAUAGCAAGCCUAAGAAGCACUCGGUGCAAACCGUAUCGAUCACUUCAAUGAUUGGUCUUGCAUGUUUGGACGAGCACACGCAAUGUUUGAUUUAUAUACUCUCAUUUCUGAAUCCUGAGGGCAUUCCUCAGAAGAUUUUGAUCGACCACUCAAGUCGAGCACAACCUAAGGCAUACCCCACAAACCAUGCUGAGCUGAAUAAUGCUCAAACCAAACCGCAACUGGCCUCACUAAUCUCUUUUAACGAGUCUACUCAUUCCCUCCGCAUGCAUCGUAUUUAUCAAGACAUUGUGCGGGAGUCUCUGAGUCCCGAAAUGCGGAUGAAAGCGCUUGUGACGGCACUUGGGAUCAUUUCACAGGCUUGGAUAUAUCAGCCACUUGAACACCGCUUUAAUACUACAAGAUACGAAGCAUGCUCCGCCAUCUUCCCACACGUAGGCCGAAUCUAUCAGCACUACGAGGAAAUGUUCAAAACUCGAAAUGUCAAUGCAUCAGAGCAAGCAGCUUGUCUCUUCAACGACGCCGGGUGGUACUGGUUUGAGAGAGGAUUUCCACAGGAAUCGAAGCCAUUUUGCAGACUCGCCCAAAGCAUUUGCGAGACACUCAAUUAUACGAAGCCAAGCGAGAAGGUAGCCAAAAUGCUUCGUGAAAGCCAUAACAACCAAGGUUCGGCCGCCAACGAGACCAAUGAUCCACAAGAAAGUCUGCAGCACAAUCUUAUGUGGCUCAGCUUGAUGCGUGAAAGAGUAUCACCAGAUGGUAAGGGAGUAGUUGAUUAUGAACUCGGCUGUGUCUACAAUGAAGUCGGUGUGGCCUAUGCCAUGAACAGCAUGUACUCUCUAGCACUGGACUUUUUCCAGCAGAGCAUUUCCACAUACCAGUCACUUCCUGACUACGAUGAGAAGUGGCUUGGGUGGCCAUUGCCGAAUAUUGGAAUGGUGCAUUGGAUCCAAGGAAACCACCAAGCAGCCUUAGAGGCACUACACCGUAUGCGUGAAAUAUUUGAGACUGCUUACGCCCCCGACGAUACAGAAUCAUUCAAAACAGGAAAGGUUCUCUACGGUAUCGGCAAUGUCUAUCUGUCUCUCGGAAAUCUAGAUCGCGCACUGGACUGUCAUUUGCGAUGUUUCAACCAGUGGUCGAUCACUCUUGGAGAAUUGCAUCACCGAAUUGGUGACGUAGGCCAUAAAAUCGCCCAAGACUUUAUGGGUCAGGGUCAAUUUGACAAGGCGCAGGAUUAUCUCAGUCGAGCACUCAGAAUCUUUGCUCGACGCCCAUUCCACAAGCACAAACAUGCUCGGACAAUCUUCAGACAGGGCCAACUAUAUCUGGCAAGAGGCAAGCCUGAGCUAGCCGAGCAGUCAUUCAAAGCAGCCCACAAACAGCGUCAAAGCUUGAAACCACAAGACACUCGGCCAUGGGACGAGCUUUUAGAGAAGGAUUACGACGAAUUGGUCAUCUUCAUGUCCCGAUGA